GUGGAACAAACACAACAAACCCAUUACAGUUUAUCCACAAAAGCUUCAAUCUUGAUAUCCCCAUAACAAAAUCAAAAUCAAAAAUCAAAAAAAAAAAUCAAAUCUUUUUCUCAAGAAAGAACCACAGAGAUUUUUCUGGUGUUUUUUUAUUUAUUAUAAAUAAAUAAAACAAGAAAUAACUGUCUAUAAAUAGAGGGUCUCUUGUUUUCUUGGAGGGAUUUCUUCUUAUUUCUUCUUCUCAAAUAUUGGGGAAAAGAUUUCAUUUUUUUUUUCUUUAAUUAAUUAAAAUAAAUAAUAAAUAUUAUUUUUUUGGUAUGACAAUGCAAAUCAAGAAGCUGGCGUCUUCGCCUUCUCGUGCUGGCAGGCAUUUGCAGCGUUACAAUCAAGGGUUUCGUCUUGUUGUUGGAUGUAUUCCUUACAGAAUCAGGAAAAACAACAAUUCACCCACAAUCCAUGGAACCCUAAUUGAAGAUUUGGAGGUUCUUUUGAUCAGCUCACAAAAGAGUCCAAGAAUGAUGUUCCCAAAGGGUGGUUGGGAACUCGACGAGGAUAUCGAAUUGGCCGCCUCACGAGAGACAUUAGAAGAAGCCGGUGUUAUUGGAGAUAUCGGGGAUAAAUUAGGCGAAUGGGUUUUCAAGAGCAAGAGCCAAGAAAAAUACCACGAGGGGUCCAUGUUUUCGUUGUUGGUCACCGAGGAAUUAGACGUUUGGCCCGAGAAAGAUGUCCGCCAACGAGUUUGGAUGAGUGUGGAAGAAGCUCGAGAAGUGUGCGCGCAUUCGUGGAUGAAAGAAGCUUUGGACGCGUUCGUUUGUCAAUUUAACCCUCGGCAGAGAGUUGUGGAGGAAGAGCCCUUGGCUUCGUGUAGAUUAGAGCUUUGCAGAACCGACGAAUUAAGACUCAGCAUUGGAGGUCAAAGUGCAGAUGAAGAUGUUGACUGCUAUUUGUUUAGUUGAUGCCGAAAUAAAUAAAUUUUUUCCCCAAGUGUUUGUUCGAUUAUUUGUUCGUUCGUUUGUUCUUUUCACUUUGGUGCUGACUUUCUUCUAGCAAACAUAUGCGAAGAAAUUGCUUGGAGAUGAUGAGGAACUAGUAUAGAGAGAGAGAGGGAGAGAGAGAGAGAUUUAGUGGGGAAAUGUAUGAAUAGUUUUUAGCUUGAUUAAUUCUUUUAUUCGUUGAUUCUUUUCGACUAUUAGUUUUUGGGUUUAAUGUUUGUAAGGUAAAUUAAUAAAGUUGAGGUGAAGAAUUGAAGAAAAAGUUGUGUACUGAACACCAAUAUUGAACAAUUUCUGGGACUUUGGGAAUUUUUUACUUUUUGAAUUG